AUGCCACCCGUUUCACCUUCCAGAGAGCUAUCCUGGGGUCGUCUAGUACAGCGCAAAUGGAACUCCCAUUAUGACCAAUCAUACUCAGCACAUUCUCUUCGGCUGAAGGAGCUCGGUAUGGACCUUGAACAGGAAGUUCUUCUAAUCAAAACGAGAGCCUACCUUGGGGCUGCCCGGGUGCCUCUGGAAAGUCUACGUUUCCCCUCUAUUGGAAGUCGAACGCCGAACGAAGACUGCGAAAAGCGUCUCUUAGAGAUCUUCAGCAGUUACUCGUGUCAGAGGUUAGCCCACGAAAACCGAAUACCAGUCUUGAUAUCUCCCAAGUAUUUACAGCAAGCCCUGGAGGCUGCAAACUUGCCUUUAGGGUCAAUCAAGGAUGCUGAGCCACCGUUCCUCGAUCUACCGCACGAACGGACUCUUCUAGCCCUGUCAGGCAGGCAUCGUUGGGAGGCAGCCAAAAAGUUCUACAAUGAGCCGCAAGAUCGGUGGUGGUCGCGGCAAUCAGAGAUCCCACUCAAAUACCUAGAGAUCAUGUCAGAAGAAUGCGAAAACUCUAUGCCUUUCUUUGACGGCGAGAUCUACUACAAGAUCCGUGCAAGCCACUUGCGAUCCGAUUCCUUGCAAGUGGCAAAAUGGGUAAACCGGAUCACUUCACACUCUAAACGUGUUGACUACGAGAGAUUGCAUGCAUCAAAAUACUACAAACCGUUUUGCGAUGCUCUUGACGAGUUGGUUCCGUUUCCGGCACUUCUAUUCUCCUUCCAUCUCGGAAAUAUUCGCCGCUUUUUUAGGAUGAAAUGUCCGGAGGAGCUGGCAACAUUCGUGCAACAUAUGCGAUCGAUCUGGGCUGGAAUCAUGCAAGGAUUCGAUACUGACUUACUAAGUUCAACCGAUGUCAAGUAUGUCCAAGGGCGCUCCCCGGUUUGGUCGUCUGCCGAUAGGGUUUAUAUUGAAAACCUCUUUAAAGAAGGCCAAAUAUUCCCUCGUAUCACCGACAGAGGCAAACGAGAGGUGCUAAAGAGUCGCAUUUUGGCUAUUGAUAGCAUCAUACCGUCGAUGACGACUUUCAUGGAGAAUACUAAAUAUCUAGAACCAGCAGCAAUACUCCUGAGGGAACUUCUGCCAGGAAGGUUCCGAGGUACAAUACGCAGACAAUUGAGGAAAUUCUACAGUAUUGACAAAGCGUCAGACGACCGGUUUUGGCUCUCCUAUCAGCAUCUGUGGCUGACCGCUCUUCGCUUGUUCCCGUACCUAACAGACUUCAAACCCCUACAAGACCGAAGGGGUCACAGGAAAGAGUUUACCGGCAAUUACUGGGGAUAUUUUGCACGAUCUGCGAUCCAGCACGGUUUCAAGUCCUCCAGGAUUUUAAGAAUACUACAGAGUCAUCCAAUGACCGAUAUACUCCAAAAACCAGCCCUAUGCCCAGCUAUGACUACAAACACAGCCCACCGUUGGAGGUUGAAAGACAGGUGUGGAAUGCCAACUGAGCACAUGUUUGAGGAUGCAGCGCUAUUUCUUUCCGUGGAGAACAUAUAUCAAGAUAUGCAAUGUGCAGCAAACGCGGUUGAUCUUACUCCUUUUGCAGUAGCGCGAGAUGGUUUUCGCGCGUUUUUCGGAAACCGCCCCCCGCCGUCAAGGGAAAUGACCAUGGUCGAUGAAGGGAGGACGCUUUCUGCCAGUCUGGUUUCCUUACACCCUACACUGCACGAGGAUGGAAUGUCUGAGCCGCCAUCACUUGACAUCAGAGAUUCGGGCAUGGAUCUUGACAACCAAAGGGUGGCCAAGCAGCCUCAAGUCCCAGGAGCUCAGUCCCUUGAGUUAGAAAUGACGGGGAGGCAUGAUCUCACUGGAGAACGCCUUCUUCCUCCACCUCAGGAGACGGUAGUAACUCAGGAUGUAGUGCCUGCUGCCUUACCAACUCCCUUCCCGCCAACUAUCAAUGCAUCCACCACAGAGAUCAUUGUUGCCAACGCCGGACAAAUGCAAUCAUAUGACCUGGACCUUUGGCAGAGGCGCGUUCCAAGGGAGGUGCAAAGACUAUCCCCGAGUCAGGCAAAAGCACACUUUGAGAAGUCGAAUUGGGACUACGCGCUCUACGUGUACAAUGACCAAGAUGAGCCGCAUUUCUACUACCCUGCAGCAAAUGAGUUGGCUUUGGUCGAUUCUUUCAUCCAGAACAGGAGGGGCUGGUGGUAUGCCUCGUAUCACGAUGGUACUAUCAUUACCAUAAACCCAGAUGACGUGCGGUCGAAACUGGAAAAAGACCGCUUCAUAUUAUGUGGGAAUGAUAGCGGCGAUUUGUGGCGAGCCAAGAGAGAUGAGGAGGCUGAACUGUGA